CCGACCCUGUUUCCGCGGUCAACCUGAGAGGUCUCCAGAAGGGACGAUUUUCAGUUGCAGUAGACGGCAAAGCAGUUAGACCAGGUUCUCCCUAACCGAGCAGUGAGCAAGUUCACGAACGUGGAGCAAUUCCAGUGUCCCGCAGGUCAAAGGCAGCGUUGCCUCUGUUCCAGACGUUGCUUUGCUUACAGGCUUGGGCUCGUCCACGUACCUUAUCUCUCCUGAAGAUCUCACAACAAACCUCCGGGCUUCCUGCAGUUUUCAUCUCCACUUGCUCACGUCCACUCCGUUGGCAAAGAACUCUUUUAAAAUGCAUUUCUAUCGGGUUACUUCCCUGCUUAAGAUCUUUCUAUGAUUCACAUGCUCUCUGGCUCAAGUCCAGACUUUGAUAGGCAAGGCCUUUGGAGAUCUGGCCUUUUGCCCUUCGAUCCAGCUCCAAACUUUGUGGGAUCUUUUCUGGAUUCAUUCUGAUGCUCCAUUUCUCUUGAUCUACUUUCAUUCCACAGUGGCUUAUUAAGCACUCAUCGCGUGCCAGGCACUCUUUUGGGCAGUUGGGAUUCAGCAGAGGGAAACAAAUUCAGGUUAUAUGCGCCAUGGCUAUGACUGGUGUCAGAUUGCCUGCCAGUGUUCUGAGAAAGCCAGAUGUCUGGAUUGGACUCUGGGGAGCGCUACAAGGGACACCUUCGUAUAAACUCUGUGCUUCCUGGAAUCGAUACUUACAUUUUUCUAGUACCCAGUUAAACACAUCAAAUUGUAAAACAUUUUUCCAUAACAUUUUCUCACUGAGACUCCCAAGGCUUUUAAUAUCUCCAGAAUAUAUUUUCCCACUCUCCAUAAGACUUAAAAGUAAUAUAAGCUCUAAAAAAUCCCCUAAGAAGACUCUGCAAAAAGCCGAGGAUGAAGAGGACUCUGAUGACGAGAGCAACUGUGAGACGAGUGAGCAGGAAGAGGAGCUCGAGGGUGACCCCAGUGUGGUCAAAGACUAUAAAGACCUGGAGAAGGUAGUGCAGUCUUUUCGGUAUGAUGUUAUCCUAAAGACGGGCCUAGAUGUCGGGAGAAACAAAGUAGAAGAUGCAUUCUACAAAGGUGAACUCAGGCUGAAUGGGGAAAAAUUAUGGAAGAAAAGCAGAACGGUGAAAGUGGGAGAUACAUUGGAUCUUCUAAUUGGAGAGGAUAAAGAAGCAGAAACAGAGACAGUGAUGAGGGUUCUUCUGAAAAAAGUGUUGGAGGAGAAAACGGAAAGUGAAAAGUACAGAGUGGUGUUACGCCGGUGGAAAAAGUUAAAGUUGCCUAAAAAGAGUAUGUCUAAAUAAAUGGAUUGCUUUUUAUUGAUAAAAACUGCUUUCUAGUGAUGGGGGGAAGGGCCAGCUUCAAAAGAGGACAUUUUUAUUAAAAUAAAGUUAUCUUACGCUUAGUGGAA